AUGCCAAUGCUCGUCAAGCUCAUCAGCCAAGGCGUCGGCAUCGCCACAGAAGCCUACGCAUCCAGCAAGAAAUCAAAGGCCGCUAAGGCAGCCGCUGCAUCAGCCUCCGCAUCUUCUUCUUCUUCAGCAGCAGCACCAGAGUCCCCAUCCUCACCGUACCGCCCCGGCGGCGACGAGCAACCGCAGUAUGCCGAGCUACCGGCAGACGAAGCCACUGACCUCAUCGCCCGCGGCCGGGCCGUCGCCGUCGAUGAGACGGGCGCUGCUCAAGAGCCGCCCAUGACGCCCGCCAUCCUCGAGGACGACGACGUGUGGGCGCUGGACGAAGCCUCGGAGGAGCGGCGGCAGCAUCAACACCACUCAUCCGACGACGACGACUCUCCCUCCGUCAUCGGCAGCGAGCGGCCCGACAUCAGCAACAACGCGCUCAUCCGCGACCUGGUCAACCGGCUCCCGCCCGCGCCCUCCUCGCCGCCGCAACAGCCGUGCCUGCCCUGCCCUGUCAUCCUGCCGCAGCGGCGGCCGCGCGAGAAGACGCGUGGCUUCGUGCGGGCGUACGCGCCAGCGCUAGAAGCAGCGGCAGGCAUCGACCAGGCGUCGUUCCUGCAGUUCCUGAAGGCGUUCCACACGGCGUCGCAGGCGAGUCCCGUUUUCAACGUGGUGCUGCUGGCCAGCGCCGUCGUGGGGCUCGUGCCGAGCGUGGCCGUCAUGGCGACGACGACGGCGAUUAAUGCUGUUGUUAUCCCCGCGCAGAUCGCGCAGCAGCGGUACCGCGCCAACUCGUUCCUCGACGAGGCCAAUGAGCGCUUGUUCAAGCCGCGCGGGUUGUACGCUGUUAUCGUGGCGUUUAAGGGGGAGGAGGAUAGCAUGACGGGGAAGCCGGUGGAGGCGCGGCAGUUGGAUAUCAAUGCUGUGUUUGAGAAGUAUGGGACGGGCGAGUCGUCGGGGAGUAAGUGGAAGGAUGGCGCGAGGAAGUUGAGGCUGAGCAGCGGGAAGACGUAUGGGGAGGAGGGGCUGCCGGUGGCGGCGGAUCUGGUGUUUCCGGGGCUGGAAGAGGAGGAGGAUGGAGAAGGGCAGCAGGCGAAGGGAAUGAAGGGGAAGAAGAAGUGGUUGGAUGAUUACAACGACAGACGAGCUCAGGCGAAGUUUUUGGCGGAGAACCCGGACUCUUCGCUCAUCAAGCAGAAGCCUGAGUUUGCCUCUAGCUGGGCUGACCCCAACCAUCCGGCCUAUCAAGGUAGCCUGGUCACAUUGGUCAGCGGUGGCAAGAUCUCAACGCCCCAACGCGGUGCCCGCGGAAUCUCAGGAGCUUUGAGUGGAGCAGCAAGCUCUAGAGGUAGCCGGGACAGCCAGAAUCAGGACCAUGCGAGCAGAAGCGGAUUUCUUGGCGGACGUGGGGGGUUUCUUUCGGGAAGAGGUGGUGGUGGUCUAGGAAUGGGAAGAGGUGGUGGUCUAGGAAGGGGCAGAGGAGGCUUUCUAGGAGGACGCGGUCUGCUUGGCAGACAAGCUUCCCGAGGUCAUCAAGAGUACGACGAUGGACGCAGUCCUCCAUCUGGCUACGGCGCCACCGAUGCGUACGCGGGAGAGGGUGAUUUGCGUGGAGGCGAGACAGCUCCGAUACGGGGCCAACAGCAGCCGUCGGGUGGCAGACCUGGUCUUGCUGGCCGCACGGGCCGUCCGAAUAUCAUCGGGACAGUAAGAAAAGCUCUGCAGCAGGACGUUCUGUAUCUCAUGAUCGUAAAUAUGCCCACCGAUGAGGAGAUGGCGCAGGCGCAGGCGCAGCUCGCGGAGCUCGAGGCCCAGACUUUGUCCGGUUGUAGCGAGCUUCCGGUUUAA